AUGGCCGCCAUUUUGGUACGCGAAAAACCGCGACGCAACCGUGAUGAUGGUGAUCCUGCAGCAAACGUAAGUGAGAGCAGUGUGCAGCACAAAAGGACUCCCAGACUGUCCUCGGUGAGCUUGGAGUCGGUGGAGGAGAUGGAGAAUGGAGAACGGGAGGGGGAAGAGCAGGCUCGCUGUUAUUUGCCGGAUCAUCGAAAGGGGAUGAUGACCAACAGGCAUUGGCCAUGGUCAGGGUCGUGUGCCAGGGAUACGUCGCUUCUCGUAGGACUAGUGUUGGUGCUGCUACACACCGUCGAAGUUGACUGUCGUGCGCCGAAGGAACCCUAUUACGGACGUGAAAUAGGACAACUGACCAACUUCGGACAUGGCAUCAAGGGACAUGUGUUUGCCGUCGAUGAAUCGACACUGUUUGUCAAAGGAUUCGCCUACGAUGGUAACGCACCGGAUGCGUUCUUCUGGGUUGGCAAUUCGCCCCGGCCCAGUCCGGAAGGAUACAUCAUACCAUACCCGGAGGAGUACAGUGGGCGAGAACCACCAGUACUGCAGCAGCAUAACAACACAGACAUUAUCCUGAAGCUGCCGAUGGGAAAGCGGAUUCGUGACAUACGAUGGCUUUCGGUUUGGUGUCGCAGAUUUACGGUCGAUUUUGGAGAAAUCUUCAUCCCACCCGGACUGGACGUCCCGAAACCACGCGUUCUGCCCGAGUUCAAGCGUCUAGCGCACGGGCUUCGUUCCAGCAACAUCAGCAUCCUGGACGCGAAAACGUUCUACAUUCCUAACCUUCACUACGACGGUGCCGGUCCGGAUGCGUACUUUUGGGUCGGAAAUGGUUCCGAGCCAAACAUCAUGGGCACGAAGGUACCGAACGAGAUCGGAUCGCUGGAACCGCUGCGUGGCUAUCAGGGCGAGGACAUCGAAAUUCAGCUGCCGGGCAACCUGACCGUGUACGAUAUCGAUUGGUUGGCAGUGUGGUGCGUUGAGUAUCGGCACAACUUUGGACACGUUUACAUCCCGAAGGAUUUGGACGUGCCGCCGGCACUCGGACAGACAAAGAUAGCGCCGCCAUGGUGGUACAAGCCGACGACCACAACCACAUCUACGGUAAUAACGCAAGCCACAAGCAAACCGGCCAACGUCAACUGCAAGGAACUGCUGCGCGGCAAACUAAACGUCAUGUGGGAGGUGAUGGACGAUUACAUCAUUAUCGAGCUGGUAGGCCGCAUCGAGGAGGAACAGUACAUGGCGUUCGGCAUAUCCGGCAGCCAUGGACAUCCGCAGAUGAUUGGUGCCGAUGUUGUGGUCGCUUUCUACGAUCGUCGCCAGCGUCGGUUCCGUGCCGAGGAUUACUACAUGUCCUCGCUGUCUCAGUGCGAUGGCAAGCUCGGCGUGUGUCCGGAUGAGCGUAUCGGUGGUAAAAACGAUGUUGAGAUACUAUCCGGUGAUCGCAGUCAUGGUGUAACGCGGAUCAAAUACCGUCGACUGCUCCAGACGAACGAAGCCGUCAAUGAUCGUGCCUAUCCGUUGGAUCGUCAAAUAUCGGUAAUUGCCGCGAUCGGACCGCUGAAUUCGCGCGAUGAAGCCAACGCCCAUUCGCAUACGGGCACGGAAGUGACGGUGGAUGAUAUACAGAUUGAUUUUGCCUCCAAAAACGAUCACACCUGUACAGACGCGCUCGAUAGUUUCCGGUAUGAGGAUGGGCCACAACCGUGGCCAGCACUUACCAUACUAGGCGAGAAGACAAUCACGGCCCGCAUCGGUCCGACGGGUGGUAAGCGCGGCUACACCCCCAUCACCGGCCAUCCGUCGUGGGGCAUUGCCUGGUACAUGAAUGAUUUGCUGAUUCCGGAAAUUUACGUCGAACGAGGACAGACGUACACGUUCAUUGUCGAGGGCGGUGACGAUACGGCGCAACCGGCCAAAUACCAUCCACUGUACAUCACCAGCUCGAGCGAGGGAGGAUACGGUCAGCUUAGCGAUGCCCAGAAGCGGCGAGAAACGGUGUACGCCGGCGUAGAAUAUGAUUCGCAGGGAAACGCCUAUCCAACUGCGGCUGGUCGGUACUGCGAAUGGAAGCAUAAAACUAUUGACCGUUCGGCGGACAUUGCUACGUUUGAGGAGUAUAAGAAAACGCUUCACCUGUCCUGUGACGAUCCGACCGGGCAACCCGCCUACCUUAACUGGACGGUUAUCGACGAAACGCCGGAUCUGGUGUACUAUCAGUGCUUUACGCAUCGCAAUCUCGGCUGGAAAAUACACGUCGUCAAUCCGGGAGAAACUAGUAAGAUCAGCGGAUCGCAUGGUUUGUAUGGGGGUCCGGAGUCCGGGUCCACCUUACUGUACGCGCUGCUCCUGCUAACGCUCACGCCCUGGUGGCUCGCACAGAUGCAGCUGCUGCCCCGUGGUUUUUGAUAGUUCAGUGCCAAUUGUACGCACCGAACGCACCUCUG